AUGAGCACCUCCAAAACGAAACAGCACAACCCCGGUGUCUCCCUUUCGCAGCUCACCAACAAGGCCUCGUCAACGCUGGAAUCCCUGCUCCGGCAGUCCGGCGGCAUCGACCCCGCGGCCGAGAUCACCCUCGUAGCGAACGUACAAGCCUACUCCAAGCUCUUGGAUAUCAUCGAUCCUAUCGAAUCGGAGGCCCCUCCCAAAGGCACCGCCGAGAGCACCAUCAGUCAGCUCAACAAGCUCGGGCGUAUCCUCCACGAUACGAAAUCCACGUACACUUCCCUCAUCCUCGAUACCAGAAAGAACGGUCCUCGGCGUACGGCAGACAGCCACCCACUCGUGAUUGUCGUCGGACUAGGCGAGGCUAUCCAGCGUAUCGACCGGGUCAUCACGCGGUACAGGUCCGAGGAGGCUAUGGCACGGGUCGAGUCGUCUUUUGACGCCCGGGUCGAGCGGGAGGUCAACCGGCAGGUCGAGCUGGUACGGGCCGCUCUGAUGGACGAUGUCAAGGGAUGGAUCCACCUGGACCUGAAGGAUCUGGAGCGGGCCGCAGAAGAGGGCCAGAAGGGACUAGCCCGAGGAGGGCCGGGAAGUGCUCAAGCGGGACGGCGUGGAGAUGCGGAGAAUGGUGGGGAGGGCGAUGGGGGAGGAGGUGCGAAAGACGGGAGAGAUGGCGGAGAAGAUGAGGAACAGGUGAUCGAAGGGGCCAAUCGGGCCGAAUGGGACCAGCGGCAAAAGCGGUCCGAGGAGCGGUACCUCACCAUCGAGGGGGCGACGGACAAGCUACCUGCGCUCUCGGCCGCUAUACUGGAGUUUAAGGCCACCCGGACCGACACCCUCAUAUCGAUCAACGGGCAGCAUCGGACCGCUCUGGACAACAUCGCUCUCAAACACUUGUCCGUCCUGCAGGGCAUCGCCAAGGUGCAGCUCGAGGCUGAACGCGGCUUCGAGGAAAGGGCGAAGCGUAUCGAGGGACACGCGGACAGGCUGGACGGUCUGGUCCGGUCAUUUGAGCGGCAUUACCCGGCUCUUCUGCCUCCUAACACCGCCGCAUCCGCCGGGAUGGUCACGGUCGAUGCUCGUCCAUCAGGAGGACAAUCUCCAUUCCUUUCUCAAUGCCCAAAGCCCCGACCUCUCCUCCCUCAGCUCUUCACCACCCCUGUCGUCCUUACGACUCACAGCGAGAACCCCUAUCCCAUCGACAGGCACCGUCCCACUCGGCCGAUUCUGCUGGGUAUGACGACGGUGAUGGUCGUCCGAUCAUCGCCAGCAAUACUUCUGCGUGCGGAAUAA